AUGUCUGGAUCGGAACUCAUCGCCCGGCUACGCCAAUCGAAUAAUCACUUUCUUCAGCAAUUGGCUGACCGCAUCGAAGCUGGAGCCCAUUAUCACCACGAGUACCUCGAGGCGGAUGUGAUUAUUGUUGGGAGUGGCCCUAUCGGAGCUACUUAUGCUCGUAUCAUUGCGUCUCAACAGCCCAAUGCGUCAAUCAUUAUGGUCGAAGCAGGAUCGCAAGAGGACCCUAUCAUCGGUGCUCACCACAAGAACGCUGUUCGGUAUCUGAAGAACCCAGACGCAUUCGUGCCAUAUAUCAAUGCUAGUUUAGAGCCCGUGUCGAUCCCUGAGACCGAUCCAUACCUCUCAACACUCCCUAGCGUGUGCUGGACACCGCCGAACGACGAAGCCUUCGCACAUCAAUGGCAGAACCCAGGCCAGGCGCGUAAUAUGAACCUUCCGGCCGCCGCCGUAUCGAAGACAGUCGGUGGAAUGGGCGCUCAUUGGACUUGCGCUUGCCCCGAUCCGGAUGAUGCGGAGAAGAAGAAUAACCCAAUCGACAGAGAGACAUUCAAGCGCUUGCUCUGGAGUGCGCGUAACUUACUCAAGGUUCGGACCGACCAGUAUGACGACUCUAUCCGGCAUCAAGUCGUUAAGGACAUCCUCACGAGCAACCUUGGCGCCGACAAGAUCACCAAUACGCCUCUGGCCGUGAGGCGUUCAAAGCGGAGCGAAGAAAACAUUUACACCUGGACUGGUGCUGAUACGAUUCUUGGCGGAGUCAGAUUCACUGCGACGAAGGAUCCGAACGAGAAGGUGAAGUAUAGGCUUCUCACAGAGGCGCUAGUCACGGGGGUCAGCCACUAUGAUGAUACAGUGUCGCGAGACCCACGAAACAUCGAUAACGUCUUCGCGGUUGAUGUGGGGAGCGCCAGUGAUAUAUCGGACCCGUCAGGGCAACGGUUUUGGUUCAUGACGGCCAGGAAGGCAGUCGUCGUGGCCUGCGGGGCAAUCGGCACUUCACAGGUGCUCUUCAAUAGCUUUAGAUAUUCUGUGGGAGGCAGUCCCCCUCGGAGCUUGGGGCAUUAUCUGAGUGAACAGACUAUGGCAUUCUGCCAAGUCGUACUCAAGCGCUCAAUCAUCGACGACAUCGAGAAGGACCCCAAGUUCAAGAACGCGGUUUCAAAACAUCAUGGCAGACACCCUGAGGAUCCGCUCCCCAUCCCGUUCAACGACCCUGAGCCACAGAUUUACCUCAAGUAUCGGACGGAGAACGGCUAUAUCGCGCUGAUUGACCGCAACGCGUUCUUCACUGGGGUUCGCCCGGAGAUCGACCCCCGAGUCGUCGUAGAUCUCCGGUUCUACGGCAGGAACGACGUACAGCAGGAGAACUGCAUCACGCUGGAUGAAUACAAGUAUGACAGAUUCGGAAUGCCGCGCGUCACGUUCAAUUUUGUCAAGAGCGACGCCGAUCGCGAGCGCGAAAACAAGAUGGUGAAAGAUAUGACCGAUGUCGCCAGCCUUUUGGGCGGCUUCAUUCCCGGCUCGGAGCCACAAAUCAUGCCGAUGGGUCUUGCUUUGCACAUCACCGGAACGACGCGCAUUGGUAACAAUCCCGACACAUCUGUCGCGAAUGCUCAGUCGCGUGUACACGGCUACACGAAUCUGUGGAUUGGCGGCAACGGCUGUAUCCCGGACUCGACAGCUUGCAACCCCACUCUCACGAGCGUGGCGAUCGCGAUCCAUGGCGCAGAGGACCUGAUCGACUAUCUUCAACACGGCCGCAGGUCGUAG